GAGGAAACGAAGAACCUCUCUUCUCCCCGCCUUUCAUUCAUGUCUUGAUCACGAUUGAGCCACCAUGUCUGGUGAUGAAGAACCCCCUCCAGAAGUCCAUCAUUACGAGGAUCGUGGUCAGGUGCCCUGGGACAUUCAGAAUUACUGGUCCCAGCGCUACGAUCUAUUCUCCAAGUAUGAUGAUGGUGUUUGGCUGACUGAUGAUGCGUGGUUCGGCGUUACUCCAGAACCGGUGGCUACAAAAAUUGCCGACCAAAUUGCCAGCUCUGCACCGCCAGAUCGAAAGGUUCUAGUAGAUGCUUUCGCUGGUGCUGGGGGAAAUACCAUAGCUUUCGCGCUGUCCGGGCAUUGGAAACGAGUCUAUGCCAUUGAGAAAGACCCCGCGGUGUUGCGAUGCGCCCAACACAAUGCGAAGGUCUACGGCGUCGCGGAUAAAAUUACCUGGUUUCAAGGUGACUGCUUUGAGAUCAUCAAGUCGCAGUUGAAGGACUUGGCACCGUAUAGCGUGCUCUUUGCGAGCCCACCUUGGGGAGGGCCCGGGUAUCGAUCUGCCUCCGUAUUCGAUCUUCGGACAAUGGAACCAUAUUCCUUGAACACACUCUAUAUGGAAUUCUCUCUCUUCACACCCUAUGUGAUCCUUUACUUGCCACGAACAUCGGAUCUGAAUCAGCUGGCUGGGAUGGUUAAAAAUGAUUCGCCUGCUCCUGUAAUGCACUAUUGUAUGAGAGGGGCAAGCAAAGCGUUGUGUAUUUUCUAUGGAGGCUUUCAACUUUUCUAAUAAUUCCACACUUUAUAUUUCCCUUCCACCAAAUGUAACCUAUCGCUUGCAACCUUCUCCCAUAUUUAUAUUUAGAGGGAAUCCCUAUCGAAUGACUGAAAGCACUUCAUUGUGUACAAGUGUGGACGGCCCGGACAAUAAGCUGAUUGCCUUAUUCGGACU